CCUUCCCUUCGCUGCGUCUAUUACCACUCUACGGUGAAUAGCGCUACGCGGCUAAGAAGGGAUCAGGAACAGUGAUUUCACGGUCAGCAGUUCAAUGCGCCCGGGACAGAAUCUAUUGAUUCUGGAGCUAGUUGUGCCUUUCAAACGAAAGACUGUGAAGGGAAGGAGCGCUGGCCGUGGUAAUACUGGAAUGCGACGAGCUCGCAAGAAAUCUCUGUGUUCGGACCAAAAGGUUCUGACUUGCGAUCCUUCAAGAUGAUUCGUUGAUCGGUCAUCUGCAGUGCCCUGGGCGUCUACCUUCCUGUGUCCAGGGUGAUGCUAAACGUACAAUAAAUAACUUUCUAAAACCUCCGAAAUGGCUGAUCAAGAUGACCUGGCUGAGGUAACUCAAUAUUUUCUUUGCCUGGCUAAGAGUCCAAGGAGCUCAGAUAUGCAAGGGUAUGCUGUUAGGCUGUCAGCUUUCGUUGCGAACAUUUGUAUAGCUAUCCUCAUCGCGUGGUCGAAAGAAGACGUUGUCAAAGAGUCUGUCAACGUUGUAAUGCUCCAGAACUUCGUUAUCAUGAUCUCUUCAGCAAUCGCUAUGGGAAGGAAGGACAUUUUGGUCGCUGACGCACAUUUUGCACUUGCCUUGACGAUGUCUCCCCUUUCCAUAUACUUCGUGUAUUCAACCUUUCGCUUCUUUCGACGGCGUCCGAAUCACCUCUAUGACCGUCUUGGCUCUGCCAAAUUCAUUACGGCUGCUAUGUCGAUGAUCCUAUUGAUUUGUUGGGUUAUCUUUGACUUGCUGAUAUACUUCAGUAACGUCUACAAGAGCGAAGACUGCAAGGUCACGCUCAUAGGAUGGACGUUCAACAAAGCCUUCUCGUUCAUUCUCAAGCUGACCCUUUCAUCGGUUCCAAUUGCUCUCAUCCCAUUAUUCUGGAUUGUCUAUUUCAUUCGACACUUCAAAGACAUCCGAGAGGAGUAUCGAAGGCAUAUGACUCACAAGACCGAGUCUUGGGAACGGUUUCGUUUAGCCCAACGCCUUGGAAGAAGCAUAAAGUCGUUUGUAAUUGCACAGUGGGACGUUAUAACCCGUUCACAUAAAUGGUUAUUUCUCCUGACCAUACUCGCCUUCUACCUUGGUUGGGCCGCAUCCUUAUACAUUUGGAUAGUCAAUAUCAAUGAACGUUUUCACGUUGCUGUUACCGUGAUUGAGCCCGAUCCCCAAUACACGCCGACGGAUUUUGACCCCCUUGGCUAUGGGCAGUUGCUCGCGGCUGCCAUUGUUAUCCAGCCCAUCUGGGGAGUUUUCAAGCUGGCCUUCCUUAGAAAGCACGAAAUACUAUUAUGGAUCAAACAAUGGCCAAAGUCAGUUUGGAACGGCAUCGUUUUCAUUUUUACGGGCGACCGGAAUCCAUGGAAGGAGAUUGUGGAGUUACAGCACAUACACGAGUCAGAAGAGUCGGUGACUAUGACAAUGGGUCCCACCCAGAUGUGCCGGAGUUCAACGAGUUCUCUUUCUCCACGAAGGAGUCGCUUUCCUUCUGAAGAGUCGUUAGUUCAGACGCUGCCUGAUGGAGGGGCUGAGAAGGCAAAAGUCACACUCUCAAGGUCGCCUUCGCCUCAAUUCGUUCCGACCAACUAUGACCCGUAUUCCGAAGUGCUGGGCUGCUGUCACGAUGCCGGGCUCUCCAGACACCGUACGGUGUAG